AUGGCAAUCAACCGAUUAAGGGGCGCCUUUGCGGUGCCUAGAAAGGGCGAGACGUUUGAAUUGAGGGCUGGAUUAGUAUCCCAAUAUGCAUACGAACGGAAGGAAGCCAUUCAAAAGACCAUCAUGGCGAUGACGCUGGGCAAAGAUGUCUCGGCAUUGUUUCCAGAUGUGCUGAAGAACAUUGCGACUACCGACCUUGACCAGAAAAAGCUCGUAUAUUUAUAUCUCAUGAAUUACGCCAAGUCGCACCCGGACCUCUGUAUAUUGGCUGUCAAUACGUUUGUCCAAGAUUCGGAAGACCCUAAUCCUCUUAUUCGAGCUUUGGCAAUCAGAACAAUGGGAUGCAUCCGAGUCGAGAAAAUGGUGGACUAUAUGGAAGAACCUUUGAGGAAGACAUUAAGGGACGAGUCGCCAUAUGUCCGCAAAACGGCCGCCAUCUGCGUGGCAAAACUCUUUGACUUGAACCCGUCCAUGUGCCUUGAAAAUGGGUUCCUUGAAACUCUACAGGAGCUGAUCGGGGACCCGAAUCCAAUGGUCGUUGCCAAUUCGGUCACUGCACUCGCUGAAAUUUCGGAAUCGGCCCCAGAGACCAACGCUCUUAACAUCAAUUCGACCACCCUUCGCAAGCUGCUCAUGGCCUUGAACGAAUGUACGGAAUGGGGUCGGGUCACAAUCCUUUCCUCUCUGGCUGAAUACAAGACUUCUAACGUGAAGGAUGCCGAACACAUUUGUGAGAGAGUGGCCCCGCAAUUCCAGCAUGUCAACGCCAGUGUUGUGUUGGCUGCUGUGAAGGCUGUGUUUUUGCACAUGCGGUAUGUCAAUGCCGAACUGGCAGCGUCGUACCUCAAGAAGAUGGCUCCUCCAUUGGUGACUCUGGUUUCUUCCGCUCCAGAGGUGCAGUACGUGGCGCUAAGGAACAUCGAUCUACUUCUACAAAAGGAACCAAACAUUCUCAAUAAGGAACUUCGAGUGUUUUUCUGCAAAUACAACGACCCGCCUUACGUCAAGUUCCAAAAGCUCGAAAUCAUGGUGCGGAUAGCGAAUGAGAAGAACGUCGAUCAACUCUUGGCUGAGCUGAAGGAAUAUGCCCUUGAAGUCGAUAUGGAUUUCGUACGGCGAGCAGUCAAGGCUAUUGGCCAGACUGCCAUCAAAAUUGAGAGUUCCAGCGAGAAAUGCGUCAACACUUUGCUAGAUUUGAUCAAUACCAAGGUCAACUAUGUCGUUCAAGAGGCUAUCGUUGUUAUCCGCGACAUUUUCCGGAAAUACCCCGGCUAUGAGGGGAUAAUUCCUACGUUGUGUCAAUGCAUUGACGAACUUGAUGAGCCUAACGCGAGAGCUGCACUUAUCUGGAUUGUUGGUGAAUAUGCCGAAAAGAUCAGCAACGCUGGUGAUAUCCUCGCGGGCUUUGUGGAAGGAUUUAAUGAAGAGUUUACUCAGACACAACUACAAAUUCUGACGGCAGUUGUCAAACUUUUCUUGAAACGUCCAGACAAGGCCCAGGGCCUGGUACAGAAAGUCCUCCAGGCAGCAACCGCAGAAAAUGAUAACCCUGAUAUCCGUGAUCGAGCGUACGUAUAUUGGCGACUGCUCUCCAGUACAUCGGAACAAAAUGCCGCGAAGAAUGUCGUUCUAUCUCAAAAGCCACCUAUCACUACCACGAUCCAAUCACUACCUCCCGCUCUUCUCGACCAAUUGCUCGAAGAACUCUCAACUCUGGCCUCGGUAUACCACACACUUCCCGAGCAAUUCGUCGGUCAUGGACGAUUCGGCGCAGACGCUGUGCAGAAAGCCGCUAUUGAGGAACAAAUGCAAAAUGCGCGAGAAAACCCUCUGGCUGCGGCAGCUGCGGCGGCAGGCGGUGCGCCUACAGCUCAACAACAGGCCAACGCCGAGAAUUUACUGGAUAUCGAUUUCGACGGGGCAGCGCCUGCAUCAGCAGAAAAGGAGCCUCCCAGCGGUAUGUCUGGUCUCGAAGGUCUCGCCGGCACACCAGUGCGAACCGGUUCCCCGGCAGUCUCUGCGCCUCAGCAGAGCAAUAACCUAGACGACCUCCUCGGCGUGUUUGGAAACGACAAUGCUGCCGCGGGCAGCAGUAGCAGUAAUAAUAACGCAGCUGCCGACUUGGGAGGAUUGAGCGGCGGUUUCGGUGAGACUAAUGACGACUUGAUGAACGGAUUCUCCAGCUUGAACUUGACUGCAAACAACAACCCAACCUCGCCCGGUUCAAGUAGUAAUGGAAAGAAGACGAAUGAGGAUAUACUCUCUCUGUUUUAG